GUUCGCCGAUAUUCCGGUGCGGCGCGACUGGCCGUGGAAGGCCCGGGGUCCUUCCUUGCUGCCCAUGUGCGGAGCCCGGCGGCAGCGACAAGAUGGGAGGCCUGGAGAAGAAGAAGUACGAAAGGGGAGCAGCUACAAACUAUAUUACCAGAAAUAAAGCCAGGAAGAAGUUGCAGCUCAGUCUUGCGGAUUUCAGGCGACUCUGCAUUCUGAAGGGGAUUUACCCUCACGAACCCAAGCACAAGAAGAAGGUGAACAAAGGCUCCACGGCUCCACGCACUUUUUACCUUGUCAAAGAUAUAAAGUUUUUACUGCACGAGCCCAUUGUGAGCAAGUUUCGUGAGUAUAAGGUAUUUGUUCGUAAACUCCGUAAGGCCUUUGGAAAAGCAGAAUGGAGUACGGUUGACAGGCUCAAGGACAAUAAACCUGUGUAUAAGCUGGAUCAUAUUGUCAAAGAAAGGUAUCCAACCUUCAUUGAUGCACUCCGAGACCUGGACGAUGCGUUGUCCAUGUGCUUCUUGUUUGCAACAUUCCCUCGGACUGGGAAAUGCCACGUACAGACAAUUCAGUUAUGUCGGCGCCUGACCGUAGAGUUCAUGAAUUUUGUUAUUUCCUCUAGGUCACUUUGUAAGGUGUUCUUGUCAAUCAAAGGAAUUUAUUACCAGGCGGAAAUUCUUGGGCAACCAGUAACCUGGAUUGUACCCUACACAUUUGCACAUGAUCAUCCAACAGAUGUGGACUACAGAGUAAUGGCCACCUUCACUGAGUUUUUUACAACACUUCUAGGUUUUGUCAAUUUCAGACUCUACCAGAACCUCAAUCUUCUUUAUCCUCCAAAGCUGGAAAAUAAGACAGAGGAAAAGGAGCUAGAAGAAGAUGAAAUGUAUGCAAUGGACUCAGAAAACUACAUGGAGAAACUGGCUGCAUUGGGUGCCAGUUUAGCUCGCAUGGUGUCUUCAAACGAAGAGGAUGAUGUGCCAGAUGAAUUCCCAGUGGAAGUGGAAAAUGCAGAACUGAUUGGAGAGAGGCAAAAGGAGCAGCAACUAUUAGAAAAACAGAAAAAGCUGUUUGAGGGCUUAAAGUUUUUCUUAAACCGAGAAGUCCCACGCGAAUCACUGGCGUUUGUCAUAAGGUGUUUUGGAGGCAUGGUAUCUUGGGAGAAGUCACUUUGUAUAGGUGCUAGUUAUCCUGUUACAGAUGAAACCAUUACCCACCAUAUAGUGGACAGGCCAAGCCUUGAUAAACAGUUUGUCAACAGGUACUAUAUCCAGCCCCAGUGGGUGUAUGAUUGUGUUAACAGCAAAGCACUUCUUCCCGUAGAAGAUUAUUUCCUGGGAGUGACUUUACCGCCUCACCUUUCUCCAUUUGUGGAAGAGAAGGACGGAGACUAUGUUCCACCAGAGAAGCUCAAACUCUUGGCCAUGCAGAGAGGAGAGAGCACGUAUGAAAAGGAAACCGAGUCUGAGGGGGAGGAAGCUGAAGACGAUGAGGAAGAAUCAGAUGAAAAGGAUGAAGGAGACGAUGAUAUGGAUGAAACAGAAAAGCAAGACGAGGAAAGACUGAAACAUAUGGAGGCUCAGAAGGUGAAAGGCAAUAAACUGAAUGUGAAAGUAACCUCAGGGAUUAUGAAGCUGGAGAACAAAGCACAGGAGUUUGAGCGAGAAAAAGCUGAGGAGAAGCGCCUGGCCAUUAUGAUGAUGAAGAAAAGGGAGAAAUAUUUAUACAAGAAAAUCAUGUUUGGAAAGAAGAGAAAAGUUCGCGAGACCAGCAAGUUGGCUGCCAAGAGGAAGGCUUACGAUGACAAGCUGAAAGCUGAGAAGAAGAGUAAAAAAAUUAAAUCCCAAUAAAAUACUGAAAAUCAUACGUAGUUCUGUUUGCAUUGGACAGAAAAGGAUGCCGUGUUUGUAUAGUAAAGACUUUACCUGCUCUUCUGAAUUGGGUUAGAUUUCACUUCUCACUAACUAGUUAUUUGGAAAUAACUCUAUUUAAGGUUUCUAUACAGCAAUACAAUUCCAUAUUGAAAAGUUAUUCUUACAGAGACUGUCUUCAGCUUGUGGAAUACUUGUAUAAUUAUGUUGACUUUGUAUUACCAUUUUUAGGAAUCUAAGCUGAAAAUAGUGACAUUGUAAAUCCAUUACAGGCUGAACACUGUCAGUCUGCAAGAAAAUGUACUAUAUUGUUUGCAACUUGUACUUCCAUGGAAAAGUGGUGAAAUAUACAGAAAUGGAUUUUCAUUCCAUUCUUUUCUAAAUGUUGGUAAAAGGAUAUCUUCUUUGCCUUAAUGAGCACCAUUAGUAUUUGUAAAAGAAAACAAUGCUUUUCUCUUUCCCCCCUCCCCCCUUUACAUGCCAGUCUCAGCUUGAAACACCUUCAGAUCCACCUUGCUCAAUUCUUCAGGGAUAGGACUGAGCAUAUCAAUUUCUUGUGCUAAUUACUGUUGUAACUAUGAUCUAAGACAAUCAGUCUUUGCCAAUGAAUUGCUGUAGUUGCUGAGAGCUGAGCUACCAAAUCAUGUAUGCCGGAGGAAGAAAUUCCCCUACCUUAAUCUAGAUAACACUGUGCGCUUGUGGAAUGCGUUUUUAAUAUGAGUCUGGGUGUAAUUUUGUUUACACAGUUUAGUGUCAAUAUCUCUUGACAAUGUUUUUAAUAUUAUAUUCAAGCUUUUCAAUGUCAUGCUUUGAUGUAAAUCUGCUUGAGUAAAGUCUAGGCUGGGGAGGUGGAUGGUGGAGUUCUCAAAUACCAUGCGCUUCUUAGGAAUGUACCUUCAUCUGGAUAUUGUCAUUUAAUACAGCAAGAAGAGACGAGGACUGGAAUCCUAGAUCCGCUGUUCCUUUCAUUCUCUUGUUUGCCUGAUUUUUAAAUGUUUUUGUUGGGUUGUGUAAGCACACGAGAAAGAUUCAAAAUACUUCCUUCUCUUGGGAGCAGAAAGUGAAAAUCAAAGCUUUGGAAAACAUCCAGUACUGACAGAAAUCAAUUGAUAAACAGCAAAGUUUAAAAAUAAUUAUGUUUUAAAGUAUUUUUGAAAAAGUAGUAAUUGCCAGGGGUGCUUUCAGUGGAAAUAAACUUCCAGGAGUUCUGGCGUUGCUGCUUCAGUGGUAUUUGAGCAUCACUAAAGAGUGGCUGUGUUAUUUCUACCAGUGGACAGGGCACAGGUUAAUCUGGGUGUUUAAACUAUUGUUGACUUGGUAAAAUCUGAUUAUAUUGGGGGGGGGGGGGACAAAGACCAGUGUUCAGCAGACCAAGUAUACAGAUGGGGGUGUAGGAAUUCUAAUGCAUUUUAUAAAUGCAGCACUGAACUUUUGUUGAAGUAUCAUUUAAACAACUGAUGGAGCAACACACAUUCAAUGCUGAGCAGAAAGCCCUGGUUGUCAUUCUCCAAGCUGAGAAGCAUUCAUGAAGUAUGAGAAUGUAUCAAUCCAGUCAGUUCCAUUCUCUUGAAGGAUGGUGACCAUAAGCUUAAUUGGACCUAAGCUGAGGCCAGAGGGUGGGGGGGGGGGGGGGGGCGGUCACUAGUGGUGACACUGCGAUCAGCAGCAAAACAAGUGGGUAUGGGUGAAGGUUUGAGAUGGCAUGAGUGUGCGUCAAAGGUUGGCCCACAAUGGUCCCAGAGCAACAGGGUCCGAAAAGGAACAUUACACAUUGUCUGAUACAUCUCUGUUGCAGGGCUCUUCUGGGGCUCAGUUGGAUAUCAGGUUUGAUACGAUAUGCCCUGGAAAUAGUUGUUUUCAAGUGUUACUUUGUUUAGGGGUGGGUGUGAAUGAGGGAUGAAUUGAUGUUGCAUAAAUAUACGAUUGAAUUUCUAGUUAAAACUAUUUGUGUGCUAAGCUGCAAGAUAUAAAGGCAUUCAAUGAUUCCUGG